GAAGGAGUGAAACGUUUACGAUUUUCGUAGAGCAUUUCGCAAUGGCGGGGUUCGUGUUUGCAACUCACAAUGAGCCGUAAACCAGCAAACCGAGAGGAAAAAAAGUUAAAGAAUGAAGACUUAAACAACGAGGUUCUUAAUGUUUACUUCGGCGGAGGGAUUCAGUCGGUGCUGCUCAAAAUCAGCACCGCCCCUCUCACGAAACCCCAGAGGAGAUGGAGAGUUGCUUGCAUUGUCAUUUACGUGUCUCUAUCUCUGGCGAAACGAAUCGUUUCCCGAAAGGGGAAGUUGACUCCUCUGUUUCUCAGUGUGUUAGCCUCUCCUCGUUCUUCUUCUUCUCACACUGUUCUUGAAAUUAAUGAAGUCGAAGAUAGUAAAGGGUUGACGAUGGAUACUGAUCAUCAUUUAGACCAAACGAAGCUAACGGAUAUGGUCAAGAACAAGAACCUAGACGAGUUCCGAAACUUCGGCGGCAUUGAAGCCAUCGUCAAGCUUCUCAAAUCCAACAUGGAGAAUGGAAUCAACGGAGACGAAGACGAUUUGAUCAGACGCCGUUCGAUCUUCGGUUCCAACACGUACCAAAAGCCAGCUCCGAAAGGGCUGAUUCAUUUCGUGGUGGAAGCUUUUAAGGACACGACGAUUAUCAUUCUCCUAGCAUGUGCCGCCUUAUCUCUGACCUUCGGCAUAAGAGAGCACGGCCCCAAAGAGGGCUGGUACGAGGGCGGCAGCAUUUUUGUGGCGGUGUUCCUUGUGAUUGUGGUCUCCGCCGCCAGCAACUUCCGGCAGGAAAGGCAGUUCGACAAGCUCUCGAAAAUCAGCAAGGACAUCAAAAUCGACGUGUUGAGGAACGGGAGGCGGCAGAAGGCCUCGAUAUUCGACGCUGUGGUCGGGGAUGUCAUAUUCUUGAAUAUCGGAGAUCAAAUCCCCGCCGAUGGUCUAUUCAUCGACGGGUACUCGUUUCGAGUCGAUGAAUCUAGCAUGACCGGAGAGAGUGACCACGUAGAAGUGGAUCAGAACCAUAACCCGUUUUUGCUAUCCGGGUCGAAAGUGGCCGACGGGUCCUCGAGAAUGCUGGUGGUAUCCGUGGGGAUGAACACGUCUUGGGGCGAGAUGAUGAGUUCGAUCACACGUGACUCGAACGAGCAGACUCCAUUGCAGGAGCGUUUGAACAAGUUGACUUCUUCGAUAGGGAAAGUAGGCCUCACCGUAGCUUCCCUGGUCCUCGGGGUAUUGCUCGUCCGUUACUUCACGGGGAACACAGAGGACGAUAACGGGAAUCGGGAGUACAAAGGGGUUGACCGGAAUCUGAACGACAAUUUCAACUCGGUGCUGAGGAUCGUUUCUGCUGCUGUGACCAUAGUGGUGGUUGCCAUACCUGAAGGCCUCCCAUUGGCUGUCACACUAACACUCGCCUAUUCAAUGAAACGAAUGAUGGCCGAUCAAGCAAUGGUUAGGAAGCUCUCUGCAUGCGAGACCAUGGGAUCUGCCACGGUCGUCUGCACGGACAAGACUGGCACUUUGACUCUCAAUCAGAUGACUGUAACAAAGUGUUGUGUAGGUUUCGAAGAAGCAACGAAGCAUGAUUUUUCUCGAAAUCUCGUCGAACUGUUCUACCAAGGAGUUGCUUUCAACACCACAGGUACUAUUUACAAGCCCAAAUCGGGAUCUUCGUUGGAAUAUUCCGGUAGCCCGACCGAGAAAGCGAUUCUCAGCUGGGCUGUCCAAGAUUUGGGCAUGGAUAUCGAUAUAUUGAAGCAAAAUUACACCAUUCUUCAAGUCGAAACCUUUAAUUCGGACAAGAAACGAAGUGGGGUCUCGAUAAAAAACAAUAUUUCCGAAAAAAACAUUAUUUAUGUCCACUGGAAAGGAGCUGCAGAAAUGGUGCUAGCAUUGUGCUCGAGUUACUACGAACUCACCGGAGAAAUAAAAACAAUGAGCGACGAAAAAAGAUCCCAAUUCGAAAACAUCAUCCAAGGAAUGGCAGCUAGCAGCCUCCGAUGCAUCGCCUUUGCUUACAAGCAAAUCGAAGACGACAAUUCUAUUUCCAAAAAAAAUCUAAAAAACGAAGAAGAUUUAACACUACUAGGUAUAGUCGGCAUGAAAGAUCCAUGCAGGCCCGGUGCAAGAAAAGCGAUCCAAUCCUGCAGAGCAGCCGGAGUAGACAUAAAGAUGAUCACCGGGGACAACAUAUUCACCGCCAAAGCCAUCGCCGCCGAGUGCGGCAUACUGGAAUCCAACAACCAAGCCGCCCUCCCCGGAGAAGUCAUCGAAGGCGUCGAGUUCAGAAACUACACCGACGAAGAAAGGGCAGAAAAGGUCGACAUAAUUCGCGUAAUGGCGAGAUCGUCCCCAUUGGACAAGCUCCUAAUGGUGCGGUGCCUAAAACAGAAAGGUCACGUGGUGGCGGUCACAGGCGAUGGAACCAACGAUGCCCCUGCUUUAAAAGAAGCCGAUGUGGGACUCUCGAUGGGAAUCCAAGGCACUGAGGUGGCGAAGGAGAGCUCCGAUAUCGUGAUUUUGGACGACGAUUUUGCGUCCGUGGCUACAGUUCUGCUUUGGGGGAGAUGUGUGUAUAAUAACAUCCAAAAGUUUAUUCAGUUUCAACUGACUGUGAAUGUAGCUGCAUUGGUGAUCAACUUCAUCGCAGCCGUUUCGGCGGGGAACGUUCCUCUAACGACGGUGCAGCUUCUUUGGGUGAACCUCAUUAUGGACACGUUGGGCGCGUUGGCUUUAGCUACCGAAAGGCCGAGCAAAGAGCUAAUGCACAAUCCUCCCGUCGGAAGAACCGAGCCGCUUAUAACGAAUAUUAUGUGGAGGAAUAUUCUGACUCAGGCUCUGUACCAGAUAAGCGUUCUUUUGGUUCUGCAGUUCAAGGGGAGGUCGAUGUUGGGGGUGGACGAGAAAACAAAGAACACGAUUAUAUUCAACACUUUCGUGAUGUGUCAGGUGUUCAACGAGUUCAAUUCGAGGAGUCUCGAGAAGAAGAAUGUGUUCAAGGGUGUGCUUAGGAAUAAGUUGUUUGUCGGGAUCAUUUUGGUGACCGUCGUGCUGCAGGCGGUGAUGGUGGAGCUUCUGAAGAAGUUUGCCGACACCGUGAGGCUGAGCUUUGCGGAGUGGGGUGUCUGUGUCGCCAUGGCUGCGGUGACGUGGCCGAUUGGUUGGCUGGUGAAGUUUGUGCCUGUUGGGAAGAAACCGGUUUUCAGUUACUUGAAGCUCUUACGUUGUGGUUCAAAGACGUGAUUGAUUCCCGCCGCCUGGAUUAGUUGGUAGUGUCGACUGUCGAGGAAUGUAGCGGCGGGGGAUGGUCGCCGCCUCCGUUGUGGCGGCUCGGCCUCGUUUGCCGGUGACCGAUACUCGGCCUCUGCCAUACUACAAACAUUGGUGUAGGGAAGUUUCUUUCUGAAGUAUACAACCAAUUUGUGAUGAUUGAUGGAUAAUCUUCACAGAAUUGCAGUUUGAAAAAAUUACAUUAAAAACGUGUUUUGAAAGGACACACUUACUAGAAAAAAAAAGAAAGGAAACACGACUCAAGGUUUGGUCAACCGUUGACUCCUAUUUUUGGACUACCAUGGGCCAUGGGGCCUGGUCUUCGUGGUUCAAUUGUGAUGAUUUAUUGAUUUUAUAAAUUUAUUUAUUACUUU